UCUCUCACUGCAAUGUCCACAAAUGGCAGCUAUUAGAAUCCGCUAGCUAUAAUCUCAGUCACCUAAAUGCUCAGUAAAUCAACUCGUUGGGGAUUAGCUAACAUCCCAGAAAGGAUGCAUUUCUUGCGGCUGUAACUCCGAAAAAGGGGAGAAGAGGAAAAGAAGAUAAGAAGUCUAAACCAAGAUUGUUUUUAAAAAAAAAUCAUAAUUGUUGGCCUCACUAGAACUCUCCCAUGAUGCCUGAGGUUCGGGAACUUUCAGACGCACUGCCGGAGUUGCCCAUGGACCCCAUCACUGGCGUGGGGGUGGUGGCCUCGCGAAACAGAGCGCCUACUGGCUAUGAUGUGGUGUCCCAAACAACAGAUGGCCUUGACGCUGACUUGUGGAAAGACGGUCUGUUCAAAUCCAAGGUGACACGCUACCUCUGUUUCACCAGGGUCUUCUCUAAAGAAAACAGUCAUUUAGGUAAUGUGCUGGUGGACAUGAAGCUUAUCGACAUCAAGGACACUCUGCCUGUAGGUUUUAUUCCCAUCCAGGAGACGGUGGACACACAGGAACAGGCCUUCCGGAAGAGGAGGCUCUGUAUCAAGUUCAUCCCGCGGGACUCCACAGAGGCAGCCAUCUGUGACAUCAGAAUCCUGGGCAGGUCCAAGCAGGCCCCACCGCAGUACACCUUCAUAGGAGAGCUCAACAACAUGGGGAUCUGGUAUCGCAUGGGUAAGGUCCCGCGUGCCCAGGAAUCUUCGCCAACUCCAACCACCAAUAACAUCCAGAACGUCAACUCGACGGCCAACACCACACCAACCCCAGCAGCCCCCCUGCCCAAACAUAUAUCCAUGACACUCCCUGCCAGUUUCAAAAGGCAAACUACUACUAGACCAGAUUUUGAACACCAGAACUCCAACCUGUAUGCCAUAUCAGCAAUGGAUGGAGUGCCUUUCAUGAUCUCUGAAAAGUUUGCCUGCGCUUCCGAUGAUCUGCAGCAGGUGGAUCUGAUGGGCAUCACAAUCAAGUCGCUGACGGAGAUUGAGAAAGAGUACGAGUAUAGUUUCCGCACGGAGCACAGCGCAGCAGCGAGGCUGCCCCCCAGUCCCACACGGAUCUCCCUGGGCUCUGAGGCCUGAGCCCCCCAGUCCCCCCCCCGUCCCCCCCCCAGUCCCACACGGAUCUCCCUGGGCUCUGAGGCCUGAGCCCCCCAGUCCCCCCCCCCAGUCCCACACGGAUCUCCC